UGCAACCAGGGGUACUGGACUUCAGUUGCGAGCAGAAAAAUAGCUGGAGAUUAUCAUAAUGAUGGAGCAAAUCAGACGCAAUCGUGGGACCAUGUACAUCCUCAGGGGUUUGCCAGGCACGGGAAGAUCGCGCGAAGCACAGAGACUGUUGCAGCAGAAUGGUGGAGCUAUCAUCAAGGCUACCGAUUAUUUUCGCAUAUAUCACGGUACUGAGGACUUCAUUCCUGAGUAUGCUGAGGACUCACAUGAGUGGGCACGCAAGCAAGCCAUGAACUGUGUUGAAAGAUUGGAGGAUCCAAUCAUCAUCAACAACCCCAACAUGCCCCGUUGGCACAUGUAUCCGUACGUCGCAAUGGCUUAUUCUCGUGGCUACUGGAUUGAAUUCUAUUUAACGCCUGACAGCCUUCAUGUUCCUCUUGAGGAAUUGGAAUGGAGAUGUGAAGGUAGAGUUCCACUAGCAGCACUGAAAGACAUGAGGGAUUCCUAUGAGCCAAUAGGAAGACACCCAUACGACGUCCUGCAUGACGAGUAUUCUCAAAAGACGUGGAUUGGUGAUCCGGAAAUGAUAUCUAAUAACUGGUGGCCUAAUGCGGAAUUUCUAUGGCCCGAUUUGUACCAAAGACGGGUUACUUGGGAAAUUACAUAUAAUAACUGGUGGCCUAAUGCCGCAUUCCAUUACGUUGCUAAUCGCCCAUCGCUCCUCGCUUCUCGCCGAAAGCGCUGGCUGAAAAAAAUAUCUGCUGCCGGCGUCGGUUGCCAUGGCUCCCCGCAAGUCUACUUCCCACUGCAAACAUGUCCGUUAACUGUCAAUCAUCUCUAUUCUACAUUCUGAUUUGGUACUCGCUUCACUCGCAUCGCUGAAAGUUACAAUUAUUUUAUCUCCGUACCCGCCCACAUUGCAUCUCUAGUCCUCGCAUCGCCUGUCCUGGCCACAUUCCACUAGAACACAAUCACAUUCCAUGGACAGUCCUCGCUCAGAGAUGGGCGAGUACCGACAUCUAUGUGAAUGGGCCUCCCCAAUGUUCUAUGGUCAGUUAUUUUUGCAUAAUCAUCGCUCCGAAGGUAUAAUGACCGCUGCCAAUGGCAACGGGUUCACUCCUCUAGUUGUUGCGGAAGCCACGACACGGUAGCCAAGUCAUUGCUAAAGACACAUUGAGAUACGUUUCUUUUCUCGUUUUGGCAAGUAGCCGUAUAAUAAGCGCGAUAAUGUAUAGAACGCCGGUCAUUAUCGGAAAAUAAUUCCCUUCAGGACGAAGCAAAACCCCUCCGCUGCGCGUCAGGGUUCAGUUCAUCCUGUCGGGAAUUAUUUUCCGAUAAUGACCGGCGUUCUAUACAUUAUCCCUUACUUAUUAUCCGGCUCUUCACAAUGCAAGUAGAACGCCCCAUUGACUUGAAUGGGAUUUCCCAACGUUCUACCGGUCAUUAUUUCUUGAUAGAGGACCUCUGAAAAAAAUAAUGACCGCUGUCAAUGGCAACGGAGUUUGUGCUUCUAAUUCAGGUCAUUUCAAUUUCGUUACCUAGCAACCUCUCAAACAGUCACGUUGUGUGGCGAACUAUUUAUUUGGUUAGCGGAAGCCACGAAACGGUAGCUAAGUCAUUGCUAAAGACACAUUGUGGUAAGUUUCUUCUCGUUUUGGCAAGUAGCCGUAUAAUAAGCGGGAUAAUGUAUAGAAGGCUGGUCAUUAUCGGGAAAAUAAGGACCGACAGGGCGAACCGGAAUGACCAGCGUUCUAUAGGCCCUACAUUAUCCCUUACAUAAUCACCGGUGAAAGUAUAUAAUGACCGCUGUCAAUGGCAACAGGUUUUGUGCUUCUAAUUCACGUCUUUCAUAUCAAUCCGCAACAAAGCCGUUCGCUGGUUGCAAUGGAAUUUCAUCGAGGGCCCGAUUUUGCAGACUGCGCAAUGAGCUUUCGCGACUUGCGCAACCUAUAAUUACUAUUCUCUGCCAGCCCAUCCUUCAUUUUUCCAGCGCAAAUGUACGUCCUCUAGAUAGGAGAUGAUAUUGUGCCCUAACGGGUGUGUCAGUGAAGAGAAGAGGUGUGGUCCGGCGCAAAGCUCGCCAGUCGCUAAUAUAUGGAUGCAGAAAGUAAGUGCGCCACUGACCAGGAAAAACCUAGUUGGAAAUUAUUUGCGCUUAGCUGAAAGGCUAUUUUAUGAGCGCAUGAGGCUUGGGGAUAUGUAAGAGUGCACAGUGCGCGCACACACCCUACUUCUUUCAUCAGCAGGAGCGCGCAGCCCGAAUAUAAUUAAAUAAUAUUUGUCCGUUUCUCGGUUUUAGGUUCGUGUAUUGGUCAGCAAAAAGUAGGCUACAUAGCAUAACAACAUCCACAUGCAAUAAUACAACAACAACAACGUCUAACAGUGACCUGCUCAUUUAGACAACAUUACACAGCCCUAUGGCUAAGUUACCUUUAGUUUUGUUCUAUAGCGCACCUUUUAACGUCUGGCAUUAAACAGCUGUAGCGUUCUGACAAUUGUGUACCUUGUUAUUGCUCAUCUGGAAUAACUCCUCUGGCUGCCUCCAUCCUCCAUCCUUUCUGUUUUGUUUGUUUAAAAGAACUUGCGAUAUCCAUGAUGAGUAGGCUAUUGAAUUAGUGAAUUAGCUUCACAUUGUGUGCUGAUAGCCGAGUAAAAGAAAACAACAAGUAGCCUAGUUGCGCGCCUGCGUGCGUAAUCUCUCCUGUUAAAACGUAUAAUAAGCGGGAUAAUGUAUAGAACGCCGGUCAUUAUCGGAAAAUAAUUCCCUUCAGGACGAAGCAAAACCUCUCCGCUGCACGUCGGGGUUCUGUUCAUCCUGUCGGGAAUUAUUUUCCGAUAAUGACCGGCGUUCUAUACAUUAUCCCUUACAUGUAUGGCUGUGGUUCGAACCCCCAUUAAAGACUGUUUUAAGAGAGUUCUAUUAUCAGUGUCAUAGUUGUUCCCACAAGGUUUCUGUUUCAACAUUCCUUUAUGUUAUCUUAAUGCUGCGGAAGUAGUUUGUGAACAAAAUAGAAAGCUAAAGCAUUGUUUUUGUUUUUUGUUGUUGAAAGGGUCUAUACUCCACUUAAUUCAUGGGGGUGAAUUAUUAUGUUAUGAAAAAGAAUGAUUAGAUAUCACGUACCAUUCAUACAGAAAUAAAUUGGGAUACUUUUGAGAA